CAGUUACAAGGCACUAUUAGGGUUACGUUGCUAUGUUGCAAUACCUAAAGCUAGAUCUUAUAGGAUUUGAAUGAACAUUGUGUGUACUCUGAUCCCAGGUAUUGCAAUAUCACGCAGCAAGUAAUGGUGUCUUCAUUUAAUCUAAAACUAUCCCUGGAAUAGCCAUACCAUUAAUAAAUAGUCAAGAACUGAAAGACUAUAAAACUUGACGAAGUGUCAUCUGCUUUCAGUUUCAGUCAGUGCAGUAGUACUCUCACUUGUCGAAGUCAGAUUGAACAUCAUGGGCGUUCUGAGUUUAUUGAGCGGGCUUGUGUCGAUGACCACGGUUUACCUCAUGCUAGCAGUGAUCACCCUCUUCUUCGUCUAUGAUUUCUGGACUCACACCUAUUUCAAAAGGCAAGGGAUUCCAGGCCCGCCUCCAAAACCGAUCUUUGGAAAUGCAUUGGACUUCAACAGGCCUAUUUGCGAAGUCCUCGACGAGUACGGACAAAAAUAUGGUACAAUGUUCGGUGUCUAUCUAUGGAGGAGACCUAUUCUCGUGAUUGCCGACAUCGAAGUGUUACGUAACGUCAUGAUCAAGGAUUACCACAAGUUCUACAAUAAAUACCCGAUGCCGAUGAAAUCGGGGGUGUUUGACCUCGCCCUGUUCCAGCUGAGAGACUCACAAUGGAAGAGGAUUCGGGAAAUCAUGACCCCGACCUUCACUGGAAAAAAAAUGAAAAUGAUGUCGGAUACAAUCAACAAAUGUGCAGACACAGUGGUUGAGAAACUACAACAAUCUUGUGAGAAAGACGGAACCAUUGAUUCACAGGCCUUGUAUGGGAGUUUUGUGAUGGAUAGUAUAGCUAGCUGUGGAUUCGGUUUGAAAGUCAACUCACAGGAGGACAAAGACGACCCUUUCGUCGAACACGUUGCCAGAUUCUUCAAAGUGUCUUUCACUUCUCCCGCUUUUAUGGCUGUUUCUUUCAUGCCGUUUCUAAAGCACAUCUUCGAAUAUCUCAACAUCACCCUGUUCCCCAGGGACGUCAUCGAGUUCUUUUCUGACGUCACAGAAAAGGCGGUAGCUCUGAGGGAAAAUAACACAUCGGAGAAGAGAGCUGAUUUCCUGCAGCUUCUCAUCGACGCCAAGAAUGGUAGAACUGAAACGGCGAAUGAAAACGAUGACGACGAUAUCCACAACAAGUACUUCAAAAACGCUGGGACAGAAGACGACGUCCCGACUAAAGCUCAGAAAUACAUGACGAGAGAGGAACUGCUUGGUCAGGCGAUUAUAUUCCUUGCCGCGGGCUAUGAAACCACUUCAGCCCUAUUGACUCUGACAUCCUACCUACUCGCUACAAACCCUGACCACCAAGACAAACUCAUUGCCGAGGUCGAUGACAUCGCACCAAAACGUGAUGACGUCAGCUACUCUACGAUCUCCAAGAUGCCCUACUUGGAUCAGGUCGUGUGCGAGGCACUUAGGAUCUACCACCGGCAACAUUGUAAGACUGAUCGUGAAUGUGGAGAGACGUGUACCUACAAGGGUAUUAAGAUCGAGAAGGGUGCUCACAUUUGGAUCCCGCCUUACACCCUUCAUCAUGAUCCACAUCACUGGCCUAAUCCUACCAAGUUUGAUCCAGACAGAUUUUCAAAGGAGAGUCGCGAGGGACGUAAUCCCUUUACUUGGAUUCCGUUUGGUGCCGGACCUCGUAUCUGUAUCGGUAUGAGGUUUGCACUUAUGGAAACUAAGAUGGCCCUGGUCCGGUCUUUACAAGUAGUUCGUUUUGAGGUCUCGCCACUAACCAAGAUCCCGCCAGAUAUCGGCCAGUCACAAAUCCUAUCGUCUACCGCCAGCUAUAUGCUAAAAGUUGUUCGACGUCAAUAAUGCACUCAAUGCCACUAGCUACUUCUAGAGUAGACAGUUGUACGGCAGGAGAUUUGAAGAGGCUGGGUGGAACAAAUUAAAUUAGUGAAAAAAGGGAAAGCCCGUAGUCUUUCUAAUUUGCCGACGGUUGUGGAAAGCGAUCAUCAGAUUUUCACUUUUUACCAAUCGAGCUUCCAACAUGUUUUCCAAUAAACCGGGAAAAGAAAUUCGAUAUUUUUUACGAUUUGAAAUUUUGAGCCUUGUAAAUAUUAUGUACUGAUUGCUCUGGACGUGUCACACACCCCUCUAGCGACCCUUAAAUGAUAUACAUGAUUCGUUUUUCAAAUUCUACUGUCAAUUUUCAAAUGCAAGAUAACUGUUUAAAAGUGCCUUCUUUUAGUUCCACGCUGAAAUCAGAGUGUUGCUAAGAAGGAAGGGGGGGGGGGGGGCGGUAGACGUUGUAAAGACCAUCUUUCAAAAAGAAUUUGUGAGGAGCAAUUUGUCGCCUUGGUUUGCAAAUUUAAAAAGGUGAGGUCCCAUUUAUUGGAAAUGUUAGGGCUUACCUUGUUAAGUGUUAUGUUUCCCCCUGGAAAUGCCGACAUCCAUGUUACAGUAGUGUGACAACGCCCCGAGUAGUAAUUACAUAUAAAUACAGUGAUUUGAAUAGUUGUUGAUAGAUAGAGACGCUGAAAGAUUAGACAAUUAAAACAAUAACAGUUUAAUAGUUCACCUGUCGUGAUGAAUGUUAUUAUUUAAAAAAUAGAGAAAAUAAUCUUAAACAGAGAGCGAGA